AUGGGAUCUCUCGGCCCGUACCAGCGCAAACACAAGGUGGCAGUGAUAGGCUCCGGGAACUGGGGCACUGCCAUCGCUAAGAUCGUCGCCGAAAAUGCAGCCAGCAACUCUGAUAUCUUCGAGGAGAAGGUGGAAAUGUGGGUGUUUGAGGAGAAUGUCGAGAUUGCAAAGGACUCGCCACACUACAAUCCCGCCGUCGCGGGGCCCCAGAAAUUGACAGAGGUGAUUAACCGCACCCACGAGAACGUCAAGUACCUUCCAGGAAUCCAGUUGCCGGCGAACCUCCAUGCGAACCCGUCCGUCGAAGCGGCCGUCAAGGACAGCACCCUUCUCAUCUUCAACCUCCCCCAUCAGUUUAUCCUCAAGACCUGUGAACAGAUCAAGGGCAAGAUCCUCCCCUUCGCCCGUGGUAUUUCGUGCAUCAAGGGCGUUGAUGUCAACGAGGAGGGUAUCAACCUCUUCUCGGAGACGAUCGGCAAGACUCUGGGCAUCUACUGCGGUGCCCUGUCCGGGGCUAACAUUGCCAACGAGGUCGCCCAGGAAAAAUGGUCGGAGACCUCGAUCGCUUAUGACCCUCCACACAUGGACUCCAAGGCUCCUUCCCCCCAGCGCUCCCCAUCGUCCUCCCAGGUCGACCUGGUGCAGUUUGAGCACCGUGAUACCUCCGGUCAGUUCUCAAAGGUGAAGUUGCAGGCUCUGCCCUCCGACUACCCGCCCGUCAACCACGACGUCCUGAAGACAUUGUUCCACCGUCCCUAUUUCCAUGUGCGCGUGGUGAACGAUGUUGCCGGUGUAUCCAUUAGCGGUGCGCUGAAGAACGUUGUGGCUCUGGCUGCUGGCUGGGUUGAUGGCAUGGGCUGGGGCGACAACGCCAAGGCUGCUGUGAUGCGCGUGGGUCUGAUGGAAAUGGUCCGGUUCGGCGACAAGUUCUUUGGAGCUACGAUCGACCAACGUACCUUUACUGAAGAGAGCGCUGGCGUGGCCGACCUGAUCACCAGCUGCAGUGGUGGCCGCAACUUCCGUUGCGCCAAGCAUAGCGUGGAGCGCAACCUCCCAAUUGAAGAGAUCGAGAAGACUGAGUUGAACGGCCAGAAGCUCCAGGGUACCUUGACCGCCGUGGAGGUCAACAAGUUCCUCAAGAAGCAAGGCAUGGAGGACCAGUUCCCCCUCUUUACUGCUGUCUACCGGAUCCUGGAGGGCAGCAUGAAGGUUGCAGAGAUCCCUUCAUAUAUCGAGCGGUAA